AGUCACUAAGUGAACGCGUAAACUGUGGAAGCAGAAUUUUGUUAUUCCCCCUAAAAGAAAAAUUUCAUCGCCUUAGCAACAAGAGGAUCAUAAUAUGUCUGAUAUAUCACCGUUUUUUUCACCGUGGUCGAUCAAUUUUGUAGAAGCUAGGUCAUAUAGUGACUUCUUCAAUCCAAAUAUUUGUCAUUUGUGCAAAAAACCAGAAAGACUGGAGGAAGAGGACAAUAUAUGUCCCUCGUGCAAUAUGAUUCUUUAUUGUCAAAGCGAACAUGAAUUAGUGGAUAAAGAGAAUCAUGAACAAAUCUGCGGAAUUUUAGUAACAAUUUCAUAUAAAUACAUGGAAAUGUGGAAAACUUUCGGCUAUAUUCAGGACUUUUGGAUCAGGUCGAGGAAAAACCUUUUACGUUUAGUCAAAAGAGAGUUGCAACGUGAUAUGAAGCCGUACGAAAUACAAAUGAUUAUGUUCGCUAAAUCGUGUUUUCUUUGUCAUCAUCAACUUCAUCGUAAUCUUCGAACUUGUACGGAGUGCUAUUGCGUGAACUAUUGUUCGGAGCAUAAAGAAUCCUUCAAUAUUUUGCACAGUCCUAAUUGCGCAGGAUUGAAGUCGUGUUUUGAAGUAGAUCGUGACAUUUUCAGAGGCAUGAUCUCUCAAAAAAGAUUUAUUGAUAUUAACGUCGAUGUAUUUAACAAAGUUGAAAUCGUUAACAUACAAAAAUUCUUGGAUUCAUUUGCGACUUUUAAAGAUGAGUAUUUAUUCUAUUUCUAUUCUGAUUACCUAUCAGGACCGUUGACAUUGUAUUAUGGAAUGAAGAAUGUAAACCUACAUAUAAAAAAAUCUCCCUAUAUUAUUCAUAUAAUAGCCGCAACUGUUUUAGAUGCACGAUAUAUACUAGCCUGGGAAAUUAUAUUACAUGCUUUACCUCAGACACGGAAUCAUCUAAAAGUUAUAUUGAUAGGACCAGAAAUGCAAGAGGCAUGUGAAAAUGUCAAGGUUUGUAGCGUGUGUAAACACAAUCAGAAGACAUUCGAGUUUCAAAGUUAUCGCAUGCCUCUUAGCAAUUAUGUUAAUACAAUACUUAAACUUCACCUACCAGAUGUAAUUAUAGCGUUUGAAGCAGAUAUUAGUACAUGGGAUUUACAAACUGUAAUUUCAAAGUUAAAAGAACAAUCUUGCCCUUUUAUAGUAACAGCCGCGUCGCGCGCCAAAUGCGAAGCAAACAUAGGUAUGUUAAAACUAGCUCUAAAUGCAUCCCUAGCAGAUCUAAUUCCAACCGAAAAUAAGUUUAGUUCUCUUAAGGCAUACAGAAAUUUCGAAAACGACGUGUCCUAUCGCAAUAAGUUUCUAUUUAUCAUUACGAGUUUACGUGAUCUAUUAAGGUUAUAUAAUGACCCAAUUACUCUACCACAUAAUAUCGGUAUACCUGACAUACCAUCUUUUUUCUCACCAUGGGCGAGCAGUGAUUUAGGAGAUAAGUCUUACUAUGACUUCUUCAAUCCUAAUGUUUGUCAUGUGUGCAAAAAAACACCACAACAGCUGAAGAUGGAAUGCUAUACAUGUAGUUCUUGCAACGUGAUUUUUUAUUGUAACAACGAUCAUGAAUUAAUGGAUAAAGAGAAUCACAAAGAUAUCUGCGAAGUUUUAACAAAACUUUCGCAUAGUAACCUGCAACUGUACUAUACUUCUGAGCAGAAUUGGAUCAAGUCGAGGACAGAGUUUUUAUAUUUAGUUAAAAUGUUGUUACAACGUGAUAUGAAGCCGUACGAAAUAGAAAUGAUCAUGUUCGCUAAAUCGUGUUUUAUUUGUCAUGAACAAUAUAAUCUUCAAACUUGUCCGGAAUGCUGUUGUGUGAACUAUUGUUCGGAUCAUGCAAAAGCCUUGGAAAAUCAUCAGAGUUUUAAUUGUACUAAAUUGAAGUCGUAUCUCGAGAUAGAUCGUGAAAUUUUACUCAAAUUUUAUUCAAUCCGUCGAAAAGAAUUUAUGAAUAUUAGUGCCGAUAUAAUUAGCACAGUUAAUAUCGUUGACAUACAACAAUUCUUGAAAGAAUUUGCGUUUUGUGACACUCAGUAUUCAUUCUAUGCCUAUUCCGAUUACCUAUCAGGACCGUUGACACUUUAUUAUGGAAUGAAGAGUAAAAAUUUAGAUCUAGAUAUAAAAGAUUUGAAAUAUGUUGUUCAUAUAAUAGCCGCAACUGUUUUAGAUGCACGAUAUGUACUAGCCUGGGAAAUUAUGUUGCAUAUUUUAUCUAAAACAUUAAAGCAUUUAAAAGUUGUAUUGAUAGGACCAGAAACGCAAGAUGCACACCACAUUGUCAAAGUUUGUUAUAAAUGUACACAAAGUAAGUUCGCAAGCAAGUUCGAGUUUCAAAGUUAUCGCUUGCUUCUUAACAAUUAUGUUAAUACGAUACUUAAACUUCAUCCACCAGAUGUAAUUAUAGCAUUUGAAGCAGAUAUUAGAGCGUGGGAUUCACGAACAGAAAUAAUUUCAAAGUUAAAUAGACAAUCUUGCCCUUUUAUAGUAACCAGCGCAUCGUACUCCAAAUGCGAACGAAACAUACAGACAUUAAGAGACGCUCUGGGUGCGGGAUCACUAGCUGGUUUAACUCCAGACGAAAAUAAAUUUAGUUCACUUAAGGCAUACAGAAAUUUCGAAGACAAUGAGGUGUACUAUCGCAAUCAGUUUUUAUUUAUUAUUAAUAAUUUAAGUGAUGUAUUUUACGUAAAUACUGAUCCAAAUGUGCCAGGACCUUCACACAUAUAAAACUUCUGCCAAAUUGAAUUUUUAAAGAAGAAUAUCAUUAAUACAUUAAAUCUAAAAGUAUAUCAUAGAAAAUAUUUUGGAGCAGUUGUAUACUAUUGCGAUUUCCGAACGCAGUCAAUGUAGAAGAUUUGUUACUCUACUCUAUCGGACACGUUCCAGGUAAAAAUUGAAUUAAUUAAUUUGUAUUCUAUAGCACCAUUCUGUAGCACUAACAGCACAGUGCAAGCCGUAUAAUAUCAGCCUGUAACUUCAUUAUAACAAUAAUAUGAGAGAUAAUAUACAAACUGUUAGGCAAUAUAUAUUUAUUUAUACGAAUGAAUUCAGCAUGUUAUAAAAUA